CAUGAAGAUCGUGUGAUUCAUGUAUUUGUCUAAAUGUCAAAUGUCAUAAUGUCAAUGCAUAACCUAACCUUAAUGUUCAUUUAUUUUAUUCUAAAAUAAUUUUAAAUAAAAUAGAAAAUAGUACUAACUCUAAACUAAAAUGAAUUCGUUAACCAGAACGUUAUAUAAAUUAAAUCCAGUUCUUGACAAUUUACAUAUUUCUCCAAUAAUAAGUAGUGUCCGAUAUAAAGCAAAAAUAGUACCCUUGCCUGCAAUUGGUGGUGGAAGUGGAAAUUGUUUUCGCAGAAUAGUACAUUAUCCUGAAGAAUACACGGUAAAACCUUUAGAUGUAACCAAUUUGGGAGGUCGAGAUCCUAAAACAGGAAGGAUGGUUGUAAAGGGAAUCGGAGGUGGAAUAAAACACAAGUACCAUUGGAUAGAUUGGAAGAGGAUUGGACCAAAUGAAGAAGGAAAAGUACAGACUGAAAAGGUUAUUAAAAUUAUUAAAGAUGGAUGUCGCACUGCAAAUGUUGCUUUAGUUGCAUAUGGAGAUAAAUUGAAAUACAUUUUGGCCACUGUUAAUAUGAAACCUGGAGAUAUUAUUAAAACUUCUUGCUAUAUUCCACGCAUCCCUGUGAGAGCUAAUGAAGGAGAUGCUUAUCCAUUAGGGGCAAUACCAAUAGGCACUCAAAUACACAAUGUUGAGAUGUAUCCUGGAAAAGGAGGAAUGUUGGUUCAUGCUGCAGGAACAUAUGCAACAGUCUUACGAAAAGCUCCAAAUAAUUUUGUUAUUAUCAUGAUGCCCUCAAAGAAGGAGUUUAGUUUACCAGCACAGUGCAUGUGUACUGUUGGAAGGUUGAGUAAUGUAGAGCAUGGCAGUACUCCCAUUGGCUCUGCUGGAAAGAAUAGAGAAUUGGGCAAUAGGCCAAGAUCUGGUUUGUGGCAAAGAAAGAGGGGCUGUCAUGGUAGAAAAAUUAGAAGGCCUCCACCAGUAAGAACAAUUGUUGCUAAACCAAUAGAUAAUGUUGAACCAAUCCAACUUACCUUUACUAGACCAUUUGUAAAAACUCUUAGAUUCCAAUAUCAUUAUUAAGUAUUAAAUGUGUGAUAUAAAA